GGCCCAUCAACAUUUAUCACCACAAACGCUUAAGGAAAUGUUAAAACGGUUCACCCUUCGCUUUUCCUCGCGCCACACUUGCUCCUCCGCUAGACAGUCUAAAGCCAGCUGGCAUGGCAGUGCAAAUAUUGCAAACAUCAAAAUUUAAAUACGAAAUUCCCCAAUACUUCGAAUGCCAAUAUCACACCUGCCAACUUGUAUUCCGUAGACCCAGUCUCAGUAGAGGCACACACGCUACGGUCUUAUGCUCUACACGGAUCUCGCAUCAUUACACAAUCGCCUCAAUGUGGCAUAGCUGCAAGUCACAGUUCAUACACAACACCGACCGGAAAUGCCAUGGCCCGCCACAAACGAACCACACAACCAUGCAAUUGUGCGCAACACAACCCACACUUCGACAACGACCGACCAUCUGGAGUGCAUACAGUGUUUAGAGGUGAACAAGGAAAAUGCAACGAUUGCGGCGUUAGUCGCAGCAGCGCAUGUCAGAUAACAUUGGCGACGAAGGUGCGUCGAAAAUCACGGCAAAUACCAGCGAGCCGACAGUUUCGGAGCAGCUUUCAAUUGUUACUACCCGCAUUUAAGAUAUCCCUACAUAACCUACUCACAAUCCCGCUUGCGCAACUCCUCUGGCUGCUCUGCUGUCUGAGUUUGGCGCAUCCAACGUUGGCCGAUUGUCCCAGCAUGUGCGAGUGCAAGUGGAAGAGCGGCAAAGAGUCAGUUUUGUGCCUUAAUGCGAAUCUAACACAUAUCCCGGUGCCACUGGAUGCCGGUACACAGGUUCUCGACUUGACUGGCAAUGAUAUCGCUAGCAUACCGCACGACACCUUUGCUGCGGUCAAUCUGCUCAAUCUACAGAAGGUCUAUCUGGCCAAGUGUCAUUUGCGUGUGAUCGAACGUUUUGCCUUUCGCAAGCUCAUCAAUCUGGUCGAACUAGAUUUGAGCUACAAUCUGCUAAGCAGCAUACCCACAGAGUCGUUUGAAUUCAUAACCGAACUGCGAGAAAUUAAACUCAAUGGUAAUCCCAUUACGCGUGUACAAGACGAUGCCUUCGGCCAUGUGCCGCAGCUGGUGCGUGUGGAGCUGUCCGACUGUAAGUUGACGACGGUAGAGGUGCGCGCUUUCGCCGGUCUGGAGACUACGCUGGAAUGGCUAAAAUUGGAUGGCAACAAAUUGAGUGAGGUGCGUUCGGGCACGAUAACAUCGCUCACCAACUUGCACGGUAUCGAACUGGCACGCAAUCAGUGGAAUUGCUCUUGUGCGCUACGACCGCUGCGUGCCUGGAUGCUGCGCGAGAAUAUACCAUACGGCAUACCACCGCUGUGUCGUGCACCUGCACGUCUAGCGGGCAAAACUUGGGAUAAAAUCGACCUAGAUGACUUUGCUUGCGUGCCGCAGAUAAUUGCCACCGACACAACGGCGCAUGGCGUGGAGGGACGCAAUGUGACGAUGAGCUGUUUUGUGGAGGGCGUACCAGAACCAUCGGUGCGUUGGAUGGUGAAAAACCGUGUGAUUGCGAACUUAACAUCGUCAGGUGAUCCAUCCGCCAGUCCGCGUACUGCGGCCGCAACACAAGGACGCAAGACGUAUGUAGUGAACAUGUUACGAAAUGCCUCCAAUCUGACCAUACUCACCGCGGACAUGCAGGAUGCGGGAAUUUAUACCUGCGCCGCCGAAAACAAAGCUGGCAAGGUGGAGGCGUCCGUUACGUUGGCUGUUUCACGGCGCCCACCUGAAGCGCCUAUGGGUGCAAAAAUUGUGCUUUUGUGCAUCUUCAUAGCGUUGCUGUUUGUGGUCGGCUCCUCUUUUGCUGCCAUUUGCUUUUGUUCGUUACGUCGUAAGCGCAAGAUGCGUCUGUGGAACUCAGUGCCACCAGCGCGUACUGAGAGUUACGAAAAAAUCGAGAUGACAUCACGUGUCUGCGGCGGCGGUGGUAGCGGCAACGGCCCAAACGGUAGCAGUGGCGGUGGUAUAUUGGGCAAUCGGAAGCCAGAUUUGGGUGGCGGUUCGACGGGCGGUGGCGCUGAUGUUACUGGUAGUUUUUGCAAUACUAACGGUGGUGGUAGCGGGGUCGGUGGUGUUGGUUUAUUUCCUAACGACGACAACGAUUACCUGCAUACGGCCACAACCCCGCUCAACUGUGGCUCAGAUGAUGGCGGCGAUGCGGGUGUGGCGAUUGUGAACCCAAGCGGUGGCAGUGCAAAACGCAAUGGCGAUUAUCGCAAUAUACCCACACACUGUGAUGAUGACGAGGAUGGGUUGGAUGCCAACUACCAGACUACGAAAAUCAGUUAUGCGGGUGGCAAACACGCAAAUCAGACAUCAGUGGCGACUCGUUGGAGAGCAGGCCUGGGUGCGGGUGGUUCUGCGGUGGUAUUGACGGGAAUGCGCGCUAGCCCACAGGAUCUUAAACGGAAAGUAACUGCUGGCAGCUGUAAUGGCGAGUACGAAGGUGAUGCGGGACCACAGCAGUCGGACUUGCACAUACCAAGACUCAUUGAAAUUGGCGGUUCCGACUCGGCUUCUAGUUCGAUAUCAAGCCAAGUGGAUGCCGCAGCCCGCUUGGGCGGUUACAACCACAUACCCAAUUGGACCACCACGCCCAUUGCCACCACGAAGAUCACUUCGCCACAUAGCAAACGUGCAGUCGGACAAACGUUGGGUGCAAAUAAUAAUGCCUACUACAACAACAACGAUGAUGUCAGCACUUCAGUAUUCUGUAGUGGUGAGGGCGUCGAGAAUGAUCUGUUCGAUAGUAAUUACCCCGAUCUGUUGGACAUCGCCAAGUACGCUGUGGCACAAGCGACCAACAGCAAUAACAGCGCACAGAGUGUCAUCAACGCAGCAGCGGGUAGUUCAGCGAACGCCGCACUCUGUACGCUGCCGCGAAAAUUGAAAAACACCGGCAAAUACUUUAAAAGCUCAACGGAUAGCCAAUCGCCGUUGUUGGCGGACAACUCAAGUAAAUAUGGCAGCAGCACGUUGGGUGAUGCCAGCUUCCUAAACGAGCUGACGCUGGGCAGGCGCUUCUCAGCGGAAUCCUCAUACUCCAACUACGUUGGCACAUCCACCUACACCAGCGGGCAGCGUUCAAAUAGUUUUCUCAAUUUGGUGCAAAGCACCAAUAAAGGAAAUCUGAAUAUGAGUAUCAACGGUGCGACAGCAAUGAGCCUCAGUGGUGUGCGGCGCAAUCCCAGUCUGCCAUCCUCACCGAUACACGAUGCGCAUCAACAUCAGCGUUCCUUCAGUUCGGCUGCAACGCCGUUAUUGGAUUUCUCCUCGCUCACUUCACGAACAGGCGUAACUACAGCGCCGGCGACCGGCGUUGCAGCCGCGGCCUCAUCUUCAAUGCAUCCCACAACGAACACAUCCACAGUGGCGGCCUAUGACUAUCACGCCGCGCAGCUAGAACGCUUUCUCGAAGAGUAUCGAAACUUGCAGGAUCAACUGUGUAAAAUGAAAGAGACCUGUGAGACGAUACGCAAGAAGGAGGUGCCGAUGCGUGUAUCCGUGGGACACUCGGCACAGUUGGCCGACCCUGUGAUGUUCAAUGCAGCGCUUGCGGCGAAUACACCACCCGCCGCGAACGCGAAAACGAGUACGCUGAAAACGAAAACGCUGCUGCCUGGGCAACCGCCCGAUCCGCCGCCAUAUUGGCUGCACCGAAAUGCGAUGCUGAAGCGUCUGAAUGAAACGCAGUCAGAUAUAUUCAAGAGCUAAUGAGACUAAGGCGAGCAUUUUCUGUGGGGAAGAACUUUCAUCCAGGAAAUUGUGUCAAUUGAGCAGUACUGUUAUACAAAUACAAUGCACACAUACUUGCAUAUAAAUGUGAAAAUAAUCUUUCGUAUUUUUUUAAUAAAGAAAUUAGAGUUUCAGUUGGAAAAUUCUGUUACACAACUCUCAAAAGUUCUACUCGCAUAUACAUACAGACAUACAUACAUAAAUCCUUAUGUCAACUACUUAGCUCUAAAUGUAUAUAUAUAUUUACAUAGAAGUACACACACUUAUAAACACAUACAAAUAUUUCUUACCUAAAAUCUAAAUAUUCUUAAGCGUAAAAUUCUCUGUAAUGAAAAUUCUAGUAUUUAAAUUACUAACAUACAUAUAUUAUAUAUAAUAUAUAAGGAGGCAACAAAAAUUUCAAAUAAACUAUAGCAAAGUAACGGUGUAGACUUACAUUAGUGUGCAUUUAGACUAGACAAGAAACUAAAGUAUUUUUAACUGCUUAUAUUAUCUCUUAAAAUACACACACAUACAUUCGAACAAACAUACAUACAUACAAACACACAAGUAUAUACGACGCCGUAUUCUUUACCGUUACUAAACCGCAUUGGUUAGUUGGUACACUGAUAUUCCGUAAGUUAUGGCGUUAGUUGUAUAAGUACAAGUACAUACUUACCUACAUACCUAUAUAUAUAUAUAUAUAUAUAUGAAAUACGUUAAAAAGCGAAAAAUCACUAAAUUCACAGUCAGUUGAACAGCAUGAGAAUGUAAAAAACAAAUACCGUUAGUUGUGUGCAAUUAAAGUUUAACUUAAAAUCUAGUUUGUAAACCAUUGCAACUAAGUAGUGUAUAAUCAAAUAUAGUUAUGACAUUA